UCCAACAUGAAGCGCUUUACUUUCCUGAUAAUUCUAUGCGUUGUGGUGGCCAAAAGAAGGAUUCCCGAAGUCCAAGUGAAGCAGUGGGAACGAAUAAUUUCGAGUUUCAAAGCAGACUGUAUAGAAGAAGCUAACGUGGAUCCAAUUCUCGUCGAGCGAAUGGUUUACGAAUUGGAAUUCCCCGAAGAUGAGGGCUUGAAAAAAUAUUGGAGGUGUACGCAUAAUCAUUUUCACUCUAUAAAGGCAAACCACAACCUCGACGGAGAACAAAUUUCAAAUCAAGUUCCUUUUGUUCCUCCUCAGUUAGCUUUACAAUGCACAACCGAAAGUAAUCACAUAAAGGAUCUGAUCGAGAAAGCAUUUGAAGGUGCAAAAUGUAUUAUAAAUAAACUUGCGGUCUAGUAGUAAGUUAUCAGUUAUCUGAGUUAUCACAUACAUUUCGCUUUCGAAAAUGCCUUUUUUCAAUCGGCCUAAGUAGGUAAUCAAUCGCUUUCUAAAGUUUGAAUUUACAUUAUAUAAAUUAUACGCAAUUGUGAAAUUUUGAUGAGCUUACUACAGUCAAAGGGUAAAUAAUGUA